AUGGCAGACGCGACGGUAGAGAUGGAGGUGGACAACGACCAGCAGCAGGCGAUCGCGGGCGAGCCCCAGGCCAAGGUCGGCGACAUGCAGACCCACUCCAAGGCGACCGCCGUACGGUCGAUCGAGGGCUGGAUCGUCAUGGUCACCAACGUGCACGAGGAGGCCGACGAGGAGGCCCUGCACGACAAGUUUGGCGACUUUGGCGAGAUCAAGAAUCUGCACUUGAAUCUGGAUCGGCGGAGUGGUUAUGUCAAGGGUUACGCUCUCAUCGAAUACCCCACGCUCCAGGAGGCGCGCGCCGCCAUCGACGGCGCUCACCAGACGAAGCUGCUUGAGCAGACCAUCAGCGUCGACUUUGCGUUCGUGCGCCCGCCGCCGGGCAAGGGCAACAGAGGGCCCCGGCAGUCGCAUCGUGGAGGAGGACGGGGACGGAGUCGCAGCCGUAGCCGGAGCCGCAGUCGCAGCCCUGGCCCUGCUCCUGCUCCCGCGCCGGAGGAGGAUAAGGAUGGAAAGGAAAAGGACGAUGAUAAGGAUGCGAUGAUUGAGUGA